AACAUAGUACUCCCUCCUGCUCCCGCAUCCGCAUCUCCUCUACUCUCUAGCUUCCGUGAAGUUUCCGGAAAGCAAGUAAGCAACCAACUUCCGUCCGAGGGAGGAAGAGGCGGCCGGCCGACGACCUCGGGUCACCUGUCAGAGUUCCAUGUGAGCUGGUUCGUCUCGUGCUGCACUUCUUCUUCCUCGAUCAAAGCCGGUGGUGAUUUCAGAGGCAUGGCCGCCGAGCAUCAGCAGCAGCCCGUCGUGGUCGCCGGCGGUAGCAGGUUCGCGGUCACGUGCGGCCUGCUGAGGCAGUACAUGAAAGAGCAAGGCGGGAACGGCGCCAGGCGCCUCGCGCCAGCCGUGGCCAUGGGCCUCGUGCCGGGAGCCGACGCGGCGGCGGCGGUAGCGGAGGAGCCGGAGGAGAGGAAGCCCGUGCUGGAGCUCUUCCCGCAGCAGGCUGGCACGCUCAAAGACGAGCAGCAGAGGAAGAUGAAGGAGCCUGCGGAGAGGGCGCCUCUGACCAUCUUCUACGGCGGCAAGAUGGUGGUGUUCGACGACUUCCCCGCCGAGAAGGCCGAGGAGCUCAUGCACCUCGCCGGCUCCGGCAACGCGGCGGCCGCUGGCCAGAAUGCGCUGGGACAGCCCAGCCUCACAGACAUGCCCAUCGCCAGGAAGGCGUCGCUCAAGAGGUUCCUCGAGAAGAGGAAGAACAGGCUCACCGCCGGAGAUCCGUAUCCGGUGGCGGCAACUGAGUCGAUGUCGAGCAAGGCUGCAGUGAAAGAAGAGGGGGCGCCGUGGCUCGGCGUGAACUCCGCGCUCAGCCUGAGCUGAAGAAUCUGAUCGAGGACGCAUCUAGAGAGACCACACAAGGGAAACUGUUACGUAUUAUUACUGCCUACUAGUACUACUAUUUUCCCUAAAAAUAUCUUCAGGAUUAUGAUACGUGUUUUCUUCCCCCUUGACAUUUACACCAGUUACUGGUUGCUUCAGGGGAAUUAGCUAGCUAAUUAUGAUUGGUUAAUUAGUCUGUCUGUCUGUUUGAGAAUUCUUUGGUGACAAAAGAAUUCUUUUUCCAUGCUGAUAUUCAUCUGCAAGGAUAUGAACUAAAUCUAGUCGAUUGAUACGUAUAUACUUUGUAAAUUUAAAUAACAGGAUGUGUGCUAUUUAUUACAUUUUUCAGUUCUUGUGCCA